AAAACGAGGUGUCCGAUCAGAUGCCUGAAUCAUGUAAAUCAAGUAAAAUGGGAGCUGUGCUGUUUGGCUCAGUCUCAACCGUUCUACUCGUCUCCCGUUCCUCUCCAUCAUGAUUCAYGGCGGUCAUUGACACCMACCYKGAGGAAGCAGUCUCAGUUCACCAAAUUUAAAAGGCAUUUUCCUCUUUCAUUAUAGGUUUYUGUGGUGGAUCUKAUUAAGACAAAGCUAAAUUUCCAAUGCUGGAAUCAGGAGAUUUUGGUGUGGUCUCUCAGCUGUUGGCGGCUGCCCAAGAACAUUCGACCAGCGUUGGUAAAGUCUGGAUUUCGGUGCUGUUUGUCUUCCGCAUCUUCGUCCUCAYRAYRGCMGCUAAAGAAGUGUGGCAAGAUGAGCAGUCCAAUUUCUUAUGUGACACCAAMCAACCUGGUUGUCAACUUGGUUGCUACGACAAGACCUUCCCAGUUUCUCAUGUUCGCUUCUGGGUUAUGCAAAUUAUCUUUGUCUCCACACCAACGCUCGUUUAUCUGGGGUUUGUAGUUCACAAAAUCCGCAUUGACAAAAAGAAAGAAACCAGAACCACCGAAGAUCAAAACAACCAAACUUCUAAAAAAGACUCAAACAGUGAGCCUAAAGUGCCAUUGAAAGGUACAGUCCAGAAAAUGUACAUUGUUAAUGUAGUUUCUAAGAUUCUGUUGGAAAUAGUCUUCUUUAUAGCUCAGUACUACCUGUACGGAUUUGGCCUUCAGUCGAUGUACACCUGUGAACAAUUUCCCUGCCUUACCAAAGUGUUCUGCUACGUGUCCCGACCCACAGAGAAAACAAUCUUCAUUAUUUUCAUGCUUCUAGUAGCUUUAAUAUCUCUGCUUCUCAAUGUGUUAGAGUUGGCCUACCUAAUUUGGAAGGAAAAUGGGAAACCUGGAUGUAACUCGGUCCAAAGCAAUACAGAUGGUAGAUCAAGUGAGAUUUAUUCACUCAAUCCUAAAUUGAGUAAUUCCACCAAGCAGAGCUACGUGUAG